UCGCCAUUCGCGAGUCCCAAGUACGACAAUGGCGCGGCUUCAUUACCUUAUCGUGUUUCUCAUUACGUUUAAUAUCGCAGCGAGUGAAAUAAAGAACGUGGGAUGGUGGAAAAAUGCGGUGUUCUAUCAAAUUUAUCCGAGAAGUUUCAAGGAUGAUAAUAACGAUGGGAUUGGUGACCUGAUAGGAAUAACAAGCAAACUAGACCAUAUCAAGGAUGCGGGAAUCGAUGCGAUAUGGCUUUCACCGAUUUAUGCCAGUCCUAUGGUUGAUUUCGGUUACGAUAUCUCGGACUUCCGAAAGGUGCAUCCUGAUUAUGGCACUAAUGAAGACCUUGAUAAUUUGGUUAAAAAAGCUCGAGAAUUGGGAAUCAAGGUAAUCCUCGAUUUGGUCCCCAAUCACACAUCUGAUGACCAUGAGUGGUUCCAACAAAGUAAGGCUGGGAAUGAAACCUACAAGGACUAUUACAUCUGGCGUCCGUCAACCGGUGACAAUAACCCUCCGAAUAAUUGGCUCAGCCGUUUUGGAUACACAGCUUGGAAAUACGAAGCGACCCGAGAGGCAUCGUACCUCCAUCAAUUCCACACCCGCCAGCCUGACUUAAAUUACCGGAAUCCAAAAGUUCAGCAAGAAAUGGAAGAGAUAAUUAAGUUCUGGUUGAGCAAAGGCAUAGAUGGGUUCCGUGUUGAUGCUGUUCCCUUCCUAUACGAAUUUGAGAAUCUGCCCGACGAGCCACUAUCGAAUCUCCCCAAUGUGACAGCGAAUGAAUGGGAAUAUUUGCUUCAUGAUUACACCCAAGAUCUGGACGAAACCUAUCAGUUAGUUGGAUCCUGGCGAAAGGUCCUUGAUGACUACGCAAAUUCUACCAACUCUGAUGAAAAGGUGAUGAUGACCGAAGCAUACACAAGUCUGAAGAAUGCAACCAAAUAUUAUGAUUUCGGCGCGCACGUUCCCUUCAAUUUCCGAUUCAUCACGGAUAUAAACCGCAGUUCGAACCCCACUCAGGUGAAAGGUGUCAUUGAUACGUGGAUGGCCGAAACUGCACUAAGGAAAGGAGCUGUUGCUAAUUGGGUGAUGGGAAAUCAUGAUAAUCCAAGGACUGAAUCGAGAUACCCCGGUCGUGGUGAUCAGAUGACAAUGCUGGCAAUGAUUCUGCCAGGAGUAGCAGUCACAUACAAUGGUGAAGAAAUUGGAAUGGUCGACAAAACGGACAUCAGCUAUCAAGAUACUCAAGAUCCCCAAGGUUGCAAUGCUGGGCCCGAUAAGUACCAACUGGUUUCCCGUGAUCCUAACAGGACCCCAAUGCAAUGGAGCGAUGACACCAAUGCCGGAUUCAAUGACGGAGCGACACCAUGGAUCCCCAUAAACGAUAACUUCAUCGAAUUGAACUUGGCUGCGCAGAAGGAUGCGGAUACUUCUCAUUACAAGAACUACAAGAAUUUGGUUAACUUGAGGAAGACCAUGGCCCCACUCAAAUCAGGAGAUCUCAAAACUAUUGUAUCGUCCGACAACAAAACUCUGACAAUCGCAAGAACUGCAAAUAGCGAAAGCAUCAUGCUGGUUAUCAACUACUCUGACGACGAGAGUGUUACCGUAAAUUUGGCGAGUCAGUUAACUGCGCUGGAUUCCAAGGGAACAGUUCUAGUAACGACUUUGGGAACCACUACUAAAGAAGGGGCCUCUGUGGAUCUGAGCAAGCUGCAACUCGCACCCAAACAAUCUUUGGUUCUACAUACAGCAGUGAAGAGUACAGGUACCAACACUGGGGAGCCUGAUGGUGCUGCGAAUAUUGCACUAUCUUCUAUCUUAGCCGUAUUCGUCAUUUUCUUUUUAUCAUUGGAAUUUCUUCACUAAUAUUUGAAAUUGUAUUUCUGUAUACAAAAUUGUAUGUAUUGAUUUUAUCAAUAAGGGUAUAUUUCUAUUUUGGACAGCAGAACGUUAUUAAAAGAAAACACGUUCUAUAAUA